GCUCCUCUGGCUCUGCCCAGGCAAAUCCCAGCUCAACAGUCAAAACACACGUAACUCAACAUAUACAUAUGCACAUAGAACAUACGUACACAUAAUAGCGCACCUUCACGAUAUAGAUGUCACAGCACUCGAAAACAGGUGUCUGAAAAGUUACGUUUAAGUCGUAAAAUGUGCGGAAGAACAGCUUGUACCCUUGCUCCUAACGAGGUGAGCCGAGCCUGCACCUACAGAGACCGAACAGGGCAGCGGAGACAGCCCCGCUGGAGGGAUGGCGAUGCGGACAAGUACCGGCCCUCUUACAACAAGAGCCCCCAGUCAAUGAGUCCUGUCUUGCUGUCGCAGAGGCAUUUCGAUGAGAAUGCUCCUGUGGAUGAGUGUGUGUUGGCCUCGAUGCGUUGGGGUCUUGUACCUGCUUGGUUUAAGGAGAAUGAUCCAAGCAAGAUGCACUACAGCACCAACAACUGCCGCAGUGAGAAUAUUUUGGAGAAGAAAUCAUACAAGUAUCCCCUGACAAAAGGACAGCGCUGCGUUAUCCUGGCUGAUGGUUUUUAUGAGUGGAGGAGGCAGGAGAAAAACAAGCAGCCUUUCUUCAUCUACUUCCCGCAGACUAAAGGAUCCAGUCAGCAGAAAACAGAGGAUCAUGAUGACCCCACGACCUCAGCUCGCAAUAAGGAAGGUGAAGCACCAGGUGAAUGGACUGGAUGGAGGUUGCUGACUAUGGCUGGAGUGUUUGACUGUUGGACACCUCCAGACGGUGGAGAGCCCCUUUACACUUACAGUGUAAUCACUGUGAAUGCUUCCCAAAACCUGCAAGACAUCCAUAAUAGGAUGCCAGCAGUCCUGGAUGGAGAGGAAGAAGUGAGAAGAUGGCUUGACUUUGGGGAGGUGAAGUCUCUAGAUGCCCUGAAACUGCUCCAGUCUAAAAACAUUUUGACUUUUCAUCCUGUUUCUUCACUCGUCAACAACUCACGCAACAAUUCUCCAGAGUGCCUUCAGCCAGUGGAUCUUGGCAGUAAAAAGGAGCCCAAGCCCACAGCCAGCAGUAAGAAGAUGAUGAACUGGCUGACGAGCAGCUCACCUUCAAAGAGGAAAGAGUCCAACCCAUGCAAGAGUAAAGAAGAGCAAGAAAUCAAGGCAGAGACUAAGCGCAAGUCUACAGGAGCUCUUCAGCAGUGGCUUCAGGUAGCCAAUAAGAAACAAAGAACCAAGUGAAGAUAUGAAUAUAUGGACUUAAAACUAGUUUUGAAAACCAUUUAGGCCUUAUUUUUUCCUACAUAACUGUUUUUAUUGACAUGAGACAAACACUGUAUGUUCAUGUUUUUGAUUGCAUUAGUAAAUGUCUGAAAUGUAAUAGAAAUAUUUCUCACAGAUACGACGUAAUACUUCCAGAUGUCAUUAAUAAAUGUCAGAAAUAAACACAGUAUGCUUUA